UCCGGUCCGGCCCGGAGGAAGUGACGGCACCGUGCGGUAUACGGGGUUUCCCGGGGGCGUGUGUCGGACUCGGGACUCGGUGAAAACGGUAAUGGCACGUAGUUUUGGCAAGCGUUACCUCAAGGCAUUUGUUAGUGGUUUCUUUGUCGCUGUUCCUGUUACUGUGACAUUUCUGGAUCGUGUGGCAUACAUUGCAAGAGUGGAGGGUGCAUCAAUGCAGCCAUCAUUAAAUCCUCCAGGAAGAACCACAUGUGACAUCGUGCUUUUAAAUCGAUGGAGUGUGCGGAACUAUGAAGUACAACGUGGUGAUGUCAUCUCUCUGGUGUCACCCAAAAACCCAGAACAGAAAAUAAUCAAGCGAGUGAUUGCCCUUGAAGGAGAUAUCAUCAGAACUAUGGGAUAUAGGAAUAGAUUCAUAAAGAUUCCCAAUGGCCAUUUAUGGAUUGAAGGAGAUCAUCAUGGACACAGCUUUGACAGCAAUGCUUUUGGACCUGUUUCCCUUGGACUAGUUCAUGCCCGCGCUUCACAUAUCAUCUGGCCUCCCAGUCGUUGGAUGAAGUUACAAACUGAUCUCCCAGUGGAGCGAAGGCCUCUGUUGUCUGAGAGCGAUGAGUCUGCGGAUGGAACAUCCAUUUAGCAACCGAAUGAAGAAAGCAAGCUCCCAGCUUGAAAUUGAAUUGAUCCAGCAGCUGCUGUAAAAGAAAAACUGCAUUGUAUUGUUCUGUAGCAUUGCAUAUUCCAUGCACUGGGCUUGCCCAAGCCAUAAAUACUUCCCUUCUACUUUGCAAAAUUCGCUAUUACACAGACUUUAUGGAAUAUUUGCCAUAAUUUUGAACUGUUUUUCUUAUACAUUUUGAAUGUUUUCACUGCCUAUUGAGCCAAAGGUCUUCUUGAAUUUAGGAUGAAAUAUAAAUGAAAGUUAAUUCCAGUGAAGUCCUGGUAACACCAACUGCAGUUUUGCCAAGUAAGCCAUUGAUAUACCCUUGAUGUUAUUGAAAUGAUGACAGUCUGGAACUAAUAGAUUUGGGUGUGAAAAUUUCUUAUGAUUAUUUUGCCAGCAUAAGUGUGGAUAAUUACAGUCAGCACCUUUCCUCACCUGAAACAAGGAAUCUGUCUCAAAUUCCUGGGAAAGUAAUUUAUAUAAAAUGUCAUUUGCAUAAUUGGACCAGACUAAGAUCAUCUUUCUUUAAAAGAGCAGGAUUCUGUAUCAUGCAAAAGGCCGAAUCGGUUUUGAACUUAUCCACUCACACAGGACCCUUUCUAAUGAGAAACGGUAAUAAAUACUUCUUUGCUUACAUUCUUUAGAAGGCCUCAAAAUUCAUCCAUCUGAACUGGCAUUUUUUUCAUGGCAGUAUCCCUGAUGUAGACAAAGUAGAUGCAUGAUAUGUAAAGAGCCCAUCAGAACUGAAGGCCCAGCCUACAUCUGCAUGAAUCCUGGCAGCAUCAGGAUCAGACCCAAAUUCUGUCCUGGGCAUUAACGAUAACUUCGAUCCACUACAGCCCCAAGAAUAUCAGGAUCUGGGACUUUUGGGACGAUUUGAUUUCAGUGGCUUUUACAUAGAAAAUUUUUUCAUGCAUGGGUCCUAGCUCAAAACCCAACUUAGAAUAAAUAUCACCACUUUCUCACUCUCUGCUGCUAACGAAUCUCUAAUUUGAACUGAAUUUGUGCAAGUUUCAAUCCAGUCCUUCAUGGCUAUAGGUUUACAACUCACAAUAUACUAUAAAUUGGCAUCCAUUUUGGCAUAUUAUAGCGAGAUUUCAUAGUCAAGUGGGGAAAGUAGGAUGGUGCUGUUGGAACAGAAUUGAAGGAAUUUUGCCUUCUUUGAAAUAUGCUGCUUUGAAACCAGGAAUUACUUAAUAUUGAAUUGAUACUGAGUAAUAAAAAGGAGUAGAUAUUCCAUCUCCCAGUACUGAAACUCCAACUUCCUACUCAAUUGCCACCACUACUUCUACCACCACAAAGUAUAACACUGAAUAUUUUUAACUUUUGUCACAUCCGAGUAGAUCUUAAUCAGACUCCACUGCAAUAUGUUUUCUUUUCACUUUUUCCGGCAACUACUCCGUUCAAGAAAAGUGUUUCUUAAGACCUUAGAAUGUUGUGGAAUUGAAGGUAAUAUGCUUGACUCAAAAAGACAAACAAAUAAGAAUGAAUCCUUGUAAUCUUUUAUCAAGAUAACCAAGAGCUUAAUUCUUCAAACAGAAACUCCCCUCACCCAGCACAUUCUGAAUGAUAGUAACAUUGAAGAGGAUGCGCAGGCUCCCAAGUCUUGACACAUUUUAAAAAUAGCAGAUUUGUGGCACAGACAGAGGACAGCCAGCCCAUUACAUCCUGAGCCGUCUAAAAAUGAGUUAUCUAGCCCAAUUCCACUUAUUAUUUCUUGAUCCAUAAUUAUGUAGCUUGUGGUAUUUUAUAUAUUUUUAAAUGCAGUAAGAGUCUCUAUCACCCUCUCAGACAAUGAGUUCCAGAUCUUCACCACCCUCUGGAUUCAAAGAAGGUCUUUUUAAACUUUUCCUCUCUGUCCAACAAUUAUUUUAAAUCUUUGUCCCUUCCUGUAUUUGACUUCCCAAUUAUGAAUUCUAGGGUCUGUCUAUCUACUACUAUUUUUGUAUCUCUAUCACAUCUUCCCCCAGCUUCCUCUGUUUCAAAGAAAAUAAUUCUAACCUUUUCAGUCUUUCCACAUAACUAAAAUUCUUCAUUUCUGGCAACACAUUAUAAAUCUCUGUAUACCUUCUCUGGAGAAUCUCAUCCUCCUGUAAUAUGGUGACAAAAUCCCUGCAGUACUCUGUACAGUGUAGUCUAACUUGUCCUUGAUCAGAGUCGAUAUUUACAUAAUUUGAAGACUUGUUGAUUUUGCAUUACCUGUAUUUUAUGAGAUGUGAAUUCAAUUUAUAAAUAUGUUUCCAUUUUUAUUUAAAAUUCAAUGCAUUGUCGUCUAUUCACAGUGGUUCAACUAUAAAUCUAUGAGUUAUCAUGGCAAUCUUUCAUACAGAUUGGAAAGAUUCCAGGUAGUCUCAGUUGAUGACAGCAGUGCAAAAUCAUUCUUAACAUCACCAAAGAAAAAAAAAGUAAUCAAAGCAAUAGAAACCAGGAUUCCUUAUCAUCCAGCAACUCCUGGUGGAAGAUUGCAUGUUGGAUGCAACUAACUGAAACCCGCUAUGGUGGUACUGGUGUGUUUCAUGCUAGGACCUGAAUUGCAAUUGUCCAAUAAAGAAGGUCAUACUUUAGACAUGUCAACACAGCUAAAUAUAAUUGUUUAUAUACAAAUUUGACUUAAGAAGUAAACCCUGUGGAAAGCCAGAGAAACCAUUAAAUGGUGUUCUUGCAUUACGUCAUAUAGAAGGAGUUACAUAGAAGCACUAUGAAUUUUUUUUAUGUUGUCAUGUUCCUACUAAAACAGGCAAACUAAGGAACAUGCACAAAAUCUCUUUUCCUUAUGAGAAAGUCAAGGCCAAUGCUGGUAAUUACAGUUAGGAUCAAUGUGAGAUCUUUACCUGUCAUAACGUUUGCUGGGAAACAAAGUAUUUUUAUGUUGUAAUUGAUAUCAAGUCAUUUCUGGAAACUUAAUUGUAAUUAAAGUGAUUAAUUGGUCUAAUGUU